CAGAUCCACCAAUGUUCAGAUGUUCAGUUCAGAUCCGUUCCACCAAUGGACAACGCAGUCGCAGUUGUCUACGCAGUCACAGUUUGGUACGUAGUACGUGAUAUGGGAGUGAGGCUUCGGAGCUGCAAUUUGUGUUUGUGCGGGAGAUGCGUCGGAUCGACAGAAGCUUCAAUUCGUGAUCGAAGGUUUCGUGAGAUCGGCAGCAGCUGCGACCUUCGUCCUCCUCCCACCUGCAGAUUAUGCGAUCGGUCGGUCGUUGACCGGGUUCAAUAAAUUGCUAUGAUGAUGACAUGAUCGAGUGAGCGUUUCCAUUCGGAGGAAGGAAAGAUCAGGGGAGUUGGAUUGACAGGCGCUCAGCUUGUGCUCUCUUCCCGCGAUGGCGAAGUCGGCGACAGGAGAAGAGCGGAGUGUGGAACCUAAACCCCGGCCGCUGGUGCGUCUUGGACGUCAGCUCAUUCUCCACGUCCACAUUAUCAGUUUUUUCUGCUACGUUGCGGGUGUCGUGGCAAUCCUUAUUUUGCCUAUGCUGGCAAAAAAUACAUAUAUAUCGGAGAACGCACUUAUGCCAGGGUCAGGGAACGCUGCUUUCAGCAACUCCGACACCUUGCUUGCACGCUCUUCAGCGGAAGAACUUGAGAGGCUGGUGUCUCAGAAUGUGAAUGUUCAAAGGGCUGUUUCAAAGUGGCUAAUCGAGGAGAUGACGGCUACUGGAGCGGACUGCUAUGUGCACCCUUUCUCCCUUCCUGCUUCAGCUUUGUCAUCAACGCGAUUUCCUACAUCAUCUGGACAUUUUAAGUGGAACACGUCAAAUGCUAGCGUUACUGGUGGUGAUCUGGAGGAACAGGCGCCUUCAGCAAUGAGUGUGGUUGGUAUAAUUCGGGCUCCACAAGCCGAAGGCAACGAAGCAGUUGUACUGGUUACUCCAUAUGAUCCAGAUGAUUUUUGGCAUGAGAGUGCCUUGACUCUUGGAAUGGGAUUGGCACUCUUCUCCAGACUCUCCCAGGCCCUAUGGCUAGCGAGGGAUAUUGUGUGGCUGGUCCCUGAUAGCAAGUACGGUGUUUACCCUGCAGUUGCGAACUGGCUGGAAGAAUACCACCAUCCGCCGAUCAAUCACAUCUCUUCACACCAAGAUAUGAAGUUGGAGUUAUUGAGGAAAACUUUAUCUGAAGAUGGUGAAUCCUCCCAACAGCUGAUCGAUUCUCAGACUCUUGGAGAUUUCAAACGUGCCGGCACGAUUGCAACUGGUCUAGUAUAUGAACUGAAGUCUGGACUAAGGCAAGGAGGAGUCGAUACAAUCACUGUCUGGGCAGAGGGUCCGAACGGGCAGAUGCCGAACUUGGACUUCAUAAACGUUGUGAACUCCAUUGCCGUUUACAGGGAAAGCUUGCAACUGCGCCUGGAGACUAUCCCCGGAAUUAAAAGCUGGACGUGGUUGAAGACGGUUGGUAUGGUAUUUGAAGAAAUCAACAAGUUGACCAGAGUAAUCACUCCGAGUUGGAGUUUUGCGCUACCCGCAGCAACUUAUGCUGAAAAUAUGGCAACGCUCUUCAGCUCUAUGUUUUUUCAAAUCAUAGGUUUACCAACAGGUGCACAUGGAGCUUUCAGAGAUUAUCAAAUUGACGCAAUCACUUUACAGUUCAUCAUCCCAACUCAGGGCCAGGAUUACGUCUUGGCGAAGGUUGGCAGACACUUGGAAGGAGUUAUUCGAUCUGUCAACAACCUGCUCGAGAAGUGGCACCAGUCUUUUUUUCUUUACUUCCUUUCUGCUUUAAACAAGUAUAUUUCCGUGGGAGUGUACAUGAUUCCUUUUGGGCUUCUGGUGCUGAGUCUCCCUCUUCAAGCAGCUGCUCUGUGUUACCCUGUAAAAGAAGCCGGGUCAGCAACUACAGAUGUUUCUACUCAAUCCUCAAAGAUCAACUCUACAAAGCAAAGAGCUAAGAAGCAGAGGCUUGAAAGGAAGUCCGGCGCAGAUGAUUCAGGGAGUUGGUUGGAAGCUUUGGUACUAGUUGGUGCAGUCCAGUUAUGGGCUUUUUUCGCCGCAUUGGCCCUCUUUUUGAUCUCCGGAACCAAGACGACUGCGGAGUUCAAACUGCGUUGCUGGUUAGGGGUGGUGGCUCUUAGCUUGCUGGUAGCUUUCACUGUGCAGAAAUUUUUGACAGGCAGUAUGCAUUACAAAAGAAGCACACAGGCACAUACCCAAAGCUGGACAGUCGUCAAAGCAGUAACUCUUGGCAUCACGGCAAUAGACCUCGCAGUGAUGUCGACUAUCAACUUCCCAGUUUCUUUGAUUGGUGCUUUGACUUUAGUACCCAUGUGCCUCGGCGUUUUUCCUAUCCAACACAGCUGGAGGUAUGCUCACAGUGACGUGAAGAGUGUUGUUGGCAUUGCUGCUUCAGCCGUGGGAACCGUGUGGACUCUGGCAAUGUCACCAAUUGGGUUACCAUUGCUUAUUUGGAGUUUCUACGGGCAUCUUCUAGAUAUAAACUCGGAAAAUGUUUGGAAUUUCGCGGAGAGCUUGCUGCAGUGGCGUAGUGCACUUCUCCCUCACAUCUUAGUCAUUCAUCUGCCUUGUGCAGUACUCUGUCUAUACAUUCUCCUUUCACGGCUGCCAAGUCAAAGACAAUAACUGUAUUUCAACGCAAUUUUAGGCAUGACUUCUCCAUUUUUAUAAGAGGGUUGCCUGUCAUGGAUUCUUUUUGCACACAUACCAAUCAUAUUGAUGUUUUCGGGUUCCUG